AUGGCUAGCAAUAACGUUGACGACUACGCCAACGAGGACUAUGGUGAUGAGGACUACGCCGACGAGAAUUAUGCCGACGAAGAUUAUGCCGACGAGCACCAUGCUGACGAGGACUAUGCUGGCGAGGACUACCUUGACAACAAUGAUGCCAACAACCACUAUGCUAAUAACGACUAUACUGACGACCACUAUCCUGAUGACCACUAUGCUGACGGGACCUACGUUGACGAUGGUACCGGUCACCACGGCACUGCAGACAACGGCACUACGGGCAAUAAUACUACGGUCAACCGUGCUGUAGCCAAUGACACUCUAGCCAGAAGCACCACAGGCAACAAUGUUUUACCCAACCACACUAUAGCCAUCCAUCCUACCGGUCCUAUAUCCAGCCUCCUGCCCCCUAACCACACUGUAAAUAAAGUCCCCACAGGCAAUGGCGCCACAGGCAACGGCACUCCAGGUGGCGGCACUACUGGCCACAACGCUCCCAUCGAUCCGCACUAUUACCCCCAGAGCGGGCCUGCGUCGUCAUUUGCUCAUUUUGAUGACCAUAUCUGUUCUUUUAAUGAUCUAUGGAAUACGUUUCAGCCCAUCAUACAGAAGGCUAAUGCUGGACACGGUAGCGCUGACUAUGCUGGCAUGGUUAAAACGGCAAUUCAGACGGUCAGCGCUUCAAGCGGCGUGCAAGAUUAUCAACUUCUGUGCAUCAUCAUGCAAGAAAGUACAGGGAAUUGCUUCGUCCAGGCAGGUUCUUCCCGGUUAAUCAUGGUGGUUAAGUCUCUUGGUGUGGAUCUGACAAGAACAACGAUAGACAACAGUCGACCCCGACGGAGCUGGGACCGGUGGUCUUAUGCAGUGUUCUGGAGCGCAAAUCCACAACAGUCCGACAUCGACAGCAUGGUUCAGGCAGGCGCCACCCAUUUCAAACAAUGCUUAGAUCAGCAAAAAGGAAACUUCUAUGAGGCGCUGCGGGUAUACAAUUCCGGUCACAUCGCAGAGAGCGGUGAUCUUAGCGAUCCUAAUAGUGAUGGCACACCGAAGUACGUCCAAGACGUAGCAAAUCGCACACAUGGCUGGUAUGCGGGCAAUGGCGCACCGAUGCCACCAUCCUAG